CUAGAGUAGAGAGAUUCAAAGUACUCGUUGACUUGUAGUCAGAACGGAAGGUUGCUAGUUAUUGAGUGUUGUGUCCACGUCGUUGGUUGAUUCGUUGAUUGAUUGACAGUAGUUGUACAGUAUCAAUGAUGAUAAGUGCUUAGUGGAUUGAUAGCAACCUAAUUGUCAAUGUGGGAGGAGAAAAAGCGAUGAGUUUGCAGCUGUCAGUGUAGUGGAGUCAUCAGUGCGCGCGGCCUGUAGUUUGUUUACGUCGCAAACAGGGAAUUCCCUUUCUGUCUCCGUCCCUGCUCUGCUUCAGAUGUUCGGCGAUAACCAUGCUCCAUCCUCACAUCCGCGACUCAUCAGCGGCUGACAGCAGCAGGCAACCAACAACAAUGCCAUUGAAUGUCAGCAUCUUUUAUAAUACUCGUUGGUCUGCCUUUUUUUCCAACGUGGUAAGUGCGACCGACUUGCCAUUCUCUAAGCAGCCUUUCCACUUAUAACACCCGCGCUUCAAUCACAGUUGCUGUGUUGACCAUGUAAAUUAAAUAUUUUUUCGCUAGUGGUGUGCUGCACACACGGAAUGCUCUUUCAACAUCAACAUGGUAUGAUUGUGGUGUAGUUUUUCUAGUGAUACGAAAGUGUUGAUAAAUUGUCAUUAGUGCCAAAUUGUAUUGUGACAACAGUGGUGGAUAAGAAGAUUAUUUGGCCAGCUCCAAUACAGAGACUUGUCCGACCACAGAACAAGCCUGGAAACGUAAUGCCUCGCAAGAAAGGGCAUGGAAUACAUCCAACUAAAAGAAUCAAGGCUGAGCAAAAUGUUGCUGCAAAAACUACACAGAAAUCAUCAAAAGUUGCAGAAAAGGAUGGUGAAAGUAACUCAGUGCCAUCGAAAAACGAAAUGGGAAAGGCUGGAGUUGAGACACAGGUUGUGACGAAAAGUGUAAACGGAGGCGGUGGCAAUGGGGGCGGCGGAAGCAGCAGCAGUGACGCGGAGGGGGGCAGCAGCAAUGGAGAGAACAACUACCUGCACAAAAAGUUCAAGAAGAUCGCCGCCGCUGCAUCUGCUGAUAGUAACGCUGCACUGUCCAUCACCAACGGAGUCGACUGUGCGAGUAGCAAUCGGCCAAACGACAAUGAGGUCCAAGACGAGUCGAAAGUCACAUCAGGUGGGCGCUACAUGUGUCCCUACUGCAAGCUAGCCUGUGCCAAACCAAGUGUCUUGGAAAAGCACAUAAGGGCCCACACCAACGAACGCCCCUACCCCUGUGUGCCAUGUGGUUUUGCGUUCAAAACCAAGAGCAACCUGUACAAGCACUGCCGGUCGCGGGCGCAUGCCGUCAAGGUGGGAGACGCCGACACUGACGAACCGGGCAAGUGCCACGAUCUGAGUGGCUCGGAUGACGACAUCGGCGACCCUCAGGCCAGGCUCACUGUUACCUCCACUGCCAUGCCACCCUCAACUUUGCAAAACAUUUCACCAGCUGACUUACAAAAGAAGAUAGAUGACCGAAUAUCAAAAACCAUCUACAAACCAAAGUUCCAUACUACUUCGUUGUAUGUGGAAAACACUUCACAGUCUUCUGUAUCGGAUUUGAGCAUUACUUCAACAGCGAAAGAAAGUUGGUCUAGUGAUACUGCAACACCGACUAACAGCUUGUCACUAAAAAUGCCUCCAGUUGACCGAGCAGCACUUUCAGAGAACUCUGUAUCUUCCCCAUUCACGAGCUGUUCUUCUCCAAGCCCUGAAUUUCUACACAGACACAUAUCAAAACUUAUAAGUGACAACCAAGCCAUUGUUGAAACUAUGGAUCCAAUAUGGCCAAAGAAGUUUCUUCAUCGUUCAAACAGCAAAGAAGCAUCUCAUUCACCAUCUAGUCAUUUUCCAUCAGUUGUAUCUGAUACUUUACUGUCUUUCAAGAAAACUGAAAGCUCAGAAGUUAUACCACCAUUCUCCAAUUAUUCUCUAUUACCAGAGAAAAAAUCUGAGAAUGAACUAAAUUCUCAUUCUAAACUUGCUCUUGCCCUUCUAAGGCCUUCAGAUAACUUGGAACACAAUUACCGUUCUCCUUCUCCAUUGUUGCAAGAUGUCUGCAGUGAUCAGCAGCCAUUGAAUUUGACAACAAACUCUGGCAAAAUUGGCCAGACAGGCAAUAACAGUAGAAAGCGUAGCUAUUCAGAGGGUUUUCCUUAUGGAUUGAAAGAAUCUGAGCUUCCUCCACAGUCUUCCAUUAAAUUAAUUAAGUCAGCUACAGGAUUUACUAGAGCAGUGCCUGCUGAAUUGAAUAUUUCUCCAGAUUCAAAAACUGUACAUGAAAAAUUCAUGAAACAAACUAUGAUGUGUGGUUCUGUGAUGAAAGACUCUACUUUCAAAUCCAAUAUUCCAAUAGGUCCACAUGGAAUGAUAGUUACAGAUGGCAUUCCAAGUAGGAAAUCCCCUUUGAAUUAUACUACAUCUAACAAAUCUCAGUCACCUGAGAUUCGAUCUAUUUGUGAAACUUGUAAUGCUUCAUGUAGAAAUGCCCAAGAACUUAGAAUUCAUCAGAUGUAUUUUUGCAAAUGGGAUGAAAGUAUGGAACAUGAUAAACCUUUGAACGAUCCUGUACUUACAAAGACACCCACAAAAGGAGAAGGACCUGUUAUGAUUGCACCUCCAUUUCCAUCACCUGGUCCCUUAUUGGGAAAAACACCUCUUGUCGAUAGCUACGCCAGAUCAGUAAGUGAACAUAAAAUAGACAAAAAAUCUCCAUUCAAGAAAGUCAAACAUGAUUUGGAUGCUAAAAGUGAAUCAAAGCCACUUUCUCUACUUACAACUCUACGCUCAUUGGAGGAAUUAUCAAGAUCACCAAUGAAAAAUAAUCUUCAUAUGUUCGGUGGUGAAGUGAAAAUUCUUGAUGGCACAAGUGGAGAAGCAAAAACAUUGAGAAUAGAACCAUCAAACAGAGGCUCACAGGGAUCGUCAGAAAUCACUCUAGACAUAUCUUCAGCUCCAGGGUACAAGGAUAAACUAAACAACAAUGAAACUGGAAUUGCAGAAGAGAAGUCGCCUCAGAUCGUUGUUAAUAUGGCUAAGACUGGAUUCCAUUCUGGUGGAGUGGUUCAAGUACCACAUAAAAUCGCCAAUAGCCAGGAGGCUAAUCAUCAAAGGUCGUUGAAAUGUGGGACUAAGGAUUCAUCUUCCUCGCAUGUGUCUACAUCGAACAUUUCAAAUUCAAAAUAUCCCAGUUCAAAUAAGCUCAUCAUUCCUAUUAUUCCCAACAUAGUGACGCCGACUUUGGCUGUAGCUGGAGUUGCCUCCUCACCAGUGGCACUGCCGUUGGCAGCUGGAGUUGCCUCACCAGUGGCACUGCCGUUGGCUCCAUUCACUCCUAUGUUGGCCGACAAAGCGAUCAUCAAUCCAUUGACCAGCAUAACCGGCUACAACCCACUCACGCUGCCCCCAGCGCCGCUCCUCUGUGCCGCCUCCAGCGACGUCGCCGCCCUCUCCCCUAUCCCUGCACCACCCUACACCGGAGGAAUUGUGACCAUCCUGCACGGCGGCAAAGCGAUUCCCUAUGUGCCCGGCAUGCCAGGGCCACACACUCUCCUCCAAACUAGUCCAUCGCACACCACCGAAAUUCAAACAAAUAAUAAAGUUAUCGAACAUUCAAGAAAGGAUUCAAUCAGUGAACCUUCUCCCAGUGAUUUGAAACUCCAGCGAUCUCUCUCUGUUCCAACUUCCAGCGAUGCGAGAAAAGUUCCUAUUCCUAACAUCAAACUGGAUAGUGCUGAAAGCCACAUUAAAGCAUUGCCAGAUGCGAAACAAUCAACAGCUGUCAAGAUAUUGAACAAUAGAAGGAAUACAAUAUCGCCGAUAUCUUCAAGUGGCAGUCCUGUAGCCGAGAAGCCGCUGCUGCCGCCGCCGCCGCAGCCGCAGCCACCGCAGGAAGAGGACGCAGGAAGCGCGACGAACGCCGCCACCGAGAGGCGGUUUCUGAGGCCGACCUCACUGCCGCUGAAACCGGGCACUUUCACGCCGAAAAAGGUCGGCACGCCGAACGUUCUGCCGCUGGUCAGUCCGGAGACGCCGCGACCGCGCAAGUCCUACGGCCAGCUCUAUCUGAACGGCCACGCCUACACCUACCUGGGUCUCAAGUGCUCCACGCGCGUCUUCUUCUGCACGCUCAACAAGCCGCAGCCCAUCUAUGUGCCGCUCACGCCCGAACACAGCAACAUAUCCAUGUAUUCUAAUUGGAAGAUCAGGUCAGACGCUGACCCGAACCCCUUUGGCCUGGAACCAGGUCAAGCCAUGGCUCACUACGACUCGCGACACCGGCCUACCUCAUACACGGUGGCACUCUCCAACAAGUUCGAGACCGUCACUCAUUCAUCGCAAUGGAAAUAUCGCCCUCCCACUGAAAAACCGCUCCAAAUUGAACCUGCCAACAAAUUAGAUUCCCCAGAGGAAAAAGAUGAGUUAUUGAAAGAGAAUGCUCCAAAACGAAUCAAGAUAUUUGAUGGAGGGUUUGAAUCCAAUGAAGAUUACAUAUAUGUGAGAGGCAGAGGUAGAGGCAGAUACGUAUGUGAAAUUUGUGGUAUUCGAUGUAAAAAGCCUUCCAUGCUGAAAAAACACAUUCGAACUCACACUGAUGUAAGACCUUUCACAUGCAAGCAUUGCAAUUUUAGUUUCAAAACAAAAGGCAACCUGACGAAGCACAUGAAGUCGAAAGCGCACUUCAAGAAGUGCAGUGAGUUGGGCGUUGAGCCGGUGCCAACGUGGGUGGACGACAGUCACAUCGACGCAGAGCUGCUGGCUCGGCAGCAGGCGAUGAGGGCCGACCGCGGCCUCGACCCCAACCUCACUGACGACGAUGAGGAGGAUGAUGAGGAGGAAGAGGACGAUGAAGACGAGGAUGUCGAUGUCGAUGGAGACGAUGAUGACUAUGAAGAUGAUUGCAACUCACGCCUAGAGCAGGACGCAGUGCGUUCGCUUCUGUCGCUGUCGGAAGGACCUCCGUCGACGUCCUUGCAGUCGUCAGUGGUACGAGCGGGUCUUGUCGCGACGCACGGGCGACCGCACACCUACCCCUAUUCGCACCCCGUCCCCCCUGCGGCGCCCCCCGCAUCCCCCCACGGCACCAACGAGCCGCAGACGCCCACGCUCUCCGCCAUUAGUGCUCAACGUGAACGUGAAAAGGUGUCUCAGAACACGGGCCUAGCACGAGUACACCCGGAUGAGACACCUGCUCAGGUGGAGCGAUCGGAGGCGGGGGUUGGGGUGACUUCCCGCUACUACUUCCCCUCAACGCGCAAUUCCAACUGCAGCCUCCCUCAAGACAAGACAAAGACAUCGCACGAUGCACCCCCGAGUGAGUCCACUCCCAACAACGAGGCCGAGCCUCAGAAAAUCUCGUCAACUUCCUUCCCAAUGGAUCUCAGCUACAAAUCAUCAGAUGAAACAAGAGCGCGCACAUGCGAGGCAGCUCUCCUGCUUGCGUCACUGUGUUCGACAGUGGACGCUUUGCCUACGACGCCGACGCCCGUCGCCGACGUGUCUGAGGACAGUCAGCUGUUGCAGGCUUACCUGACAGAACGAGCCGUCAAGCAGCACCACAUCAAGCAACAUCAGUACCAUCGGACACCGCCACCGCAGGGCGGCUCCAUGCUCUUCACCAGCACCGCUUCCAUCCAAACCCCAACAGACAAAGCUCCCAAUCCAGCCGACGUCAUCCCCCAACCCUCCUCAGAAAAAUCCAAGUUCCUCUCCUCCACCAAAUCCCCCAACUUCCAUGUCGAAUCACUCAUCAGACCAACACCUUUUAUUCAUUUGAGAUUCUUUAAAAUAGCUGAUAAGAAACCUACAACUACAGUUUCAAUAAUUAUCAUUAUUUCACUUUCACUGAAAUUCACACAUAUACAUAAUAUUAAUGUUUUCCGAUGCAGUGUUUUAGAGGAUGGCCGCAGCAUGUGCCUGAUCUGCAACAAACUGUUCACGAAGCCUUCGCAGCUGUGGCUGCACGUCAACAUUCAUUACUUCGAGAGGCCGUUUCGCUGCGAGUCGUGCGCCGUUUCAUUCCGCACUAAAGGCCAUCUUCAGAAACAUCAGCGAUCAGUCACUCACAUGAACAAGAUGAGCAUGAACUCGACGUUCGGCACAGCUACAACUUCGAACCCUCGGCCGUUCAAGUGUGACGAUUGCAAGAUAGCAUUCCGCAUCCACGGCCACCUGGCCAAGCAUCUGCGCUCGAAAAUGCAUAUCAUGAAGCUGGAAUGCCUCGGCAAACUGCCCUUCGGCACCUACGCCGAGAUGGAGCGCUCCGGCAUCAACAUGAACGACAUAGAUACCACCGAUUGUGAUAACUCACUGGAAAGCCUACAGCUUCUCGCUCAAAAACUGAUCGAGAAAGAUCCUUCGAAAUUGGGUCAGUGGGAUCCGUUGAUCCAGCGUUCGAUGAGCACAGGUGAAACGUCGUCGGAGGAUGAAGACGCCCCAGCCGCCGUCUUAGCUAAGACAAUCUUAGCUAGUGUCCCGCGUCCGUCCGGCCAUCACGACGCCUCCUACAAGGGUCCUAGUUCCAAAUUGACCGACUCCAACAGUACCACUGUUAUUAGCAGCUCUAGCGACGCUUUUUCACACACUCCGAAAACAGAUUCCGUGAAAACAGUUAUACAACGCGGAAGCCAGUUGAUCUUAAGAGAGCCUAACAAUAGGGAGGAGUCUGAUGCAGCUAGUGGUCCAUCAUCCUUCCCUGUUCACUCCUUUGGCAACUCCAUUCUACUAAGAGCUCCCUCAUCCAAUUCGGUUCUAGUGCCAACUACUGGCAGCUACUCUCAGCAACUAGGAAAAAUUACUACUAAACUACUGAUGAACAGUAGCCAAGUGUCUGAGAGAUCAACAGACUCAAGCGUUGUAAGUGCAAUUAAAAGCAAGGUGGAAACAAACUCUGAGAAAAACUGCAGUUAGUACUAGCGAAAUCGUGAUAAUUUCAGUGCAACUAUCUGAAUAUUUAAAACUCGUAAGGUCAUAUUUUUUUAAUGAGUAUGUCGUAUCUGAUGAGUUAGACCAAUGCAAGUAGUGUAAUACAUGGAUUACAGUAGAAGUAAAUAUUGUAAUCCGAAUAAUAAACUAUAAUAUACUAAGUUUUUAUGUGAUUGUUCAAGUUUGGACAACUGGUUAAAUUAGUAAGGUACUUGAAAUUGAAAUUAUUUUUCAUUAUUACUCGAUAAAUGUUGCUUUGAAUGAAAUUUGUAGGAAAAAAUGAAAGAGACGGAUGUAAAAUAUGUCUUUAGAAGUGUAGAAGGUUAGAAGAAUGACUUGUGGAAGGAGUAUUCAUAAUUUCUUUAUUAGUCCAGUCAAGGAAAGGUUA